AUGGUUAGCUUGCAAUCGUUCAAACUCCAAAAAUUAGAAGAAAGACUACAUGAACUCUCCCUAAAUAACCAAAAUUACAAACCUAUCAACAACGUUGGGUCUUGUUCGGGUGAUAAAAACCAGAGUUUUCCCGCCAAGAAUCAUGGUGUUUCCGCCAAAAAUCAUGGUGUUCCCGCCAAAAAUCGCAGUUUUAUUGCCAAAAAUAAACUGUUCAAAAGUUUUCAAAUAACUACUAAGAAGAAAAAAUUGAAAAAAGUUAGAAAAAAUGUUAAAAAUAUUAAUAAAAACAACGACAAAAUAUCGAUUCAAAAUCCGUAUUCGGAAUCGACUUUGUAUACCGAUCCUCUACCGACUGAUUUCAAAAACAUCGAUCUACCAUGGUUGGCGAAGAAUAAUUUAGACUGGCGGUUAUUCGUCGGUCCGAAUCGAAUAGAGCCGGUAUCGGAAACUUACAUCGAUCGGAUAGUCCAACUCCACAAAUUGCAGGGAAACAGUAUCGAGUUUGAGAGUGAACAAGGAAUGAAGGGAUGUAAGAGCUUGUUCAGGCGCUCAGAUCACAUCACCAGACGGUCUAUUUACGAUGAUAAAAAACGAAAAAGUCAUAGUAAAAAUAAAGGCAACAAAAACAAUAAAACCAACAACAACGACAAUAAUAAUAAUAUAAUUAAUAAUAAGAAUAAAAUUAGUAAUAAUAAUAACUAUAGUAUUAAUAAUGGGUCAACUAAAAAGAAGAAAAACAAACAUAUGAGAAGAUUAUCAGCGGCGGAUAAUCUUUUUGAAGAAACAGAUAAACUGGUGAACACUAUUUUUCAAAAUUUGACAAAGUUUUUAAGAAAUUUAUAA